GAGACCCUGGAGGAAAUGGACUCCGUGGAUGCUCGCUGCCUGGUGGAGGGCAGGACGAGCUCCAUUUCCCCUCCCUGCAACCUCUGCUCCGAUAAAUACCAGCCCAGCCCUCCCCGGAAUCCUCCUGGGAUGUGGGAUGCGAGAGCCCAGUGUCUGGGGAGCAAGGAAAAGGCAGGGCCGGGCACUUCCCCGGGCGGGAGGGGAGAGGGCAGCCCAUCCUGCAUCAGAGCCAGGAGUGGAUCUCUUUUCCUGCGGAGAUGUGGCUGCUGUGGGCACGCCUCCCCGCUGCCAGCCUGGCACCAGCCUCGCCGCCAGUCCCUGGGUAAACCCGUUAGCUGCACAGCCAUGCGCCCGCCCCUGCUGCAGCUGGGCGCGCUGCUCAGCUCCAUGGCCAUGAUCUCAAACUGGAUGUCCCAGAUGCUCCCCGCCCUGGUGGGGCGCAACACCAGCAGGCUGUGGCCGCCAGACGCCUCAACGCAGGUCAGCCCCAAGGAGGGGUGGCAGGUGUACAGCUCCGCGCAGGACCCCGACGGGCGAUGCAUCUGCACGGUGGUGGCUCCGGAGCAGAACCUGUGCUCCCGGGAUGCCAAGAGCAGGCAGCUGCGCCAGCUGCUCGAAAAGGUUCAGAACAUGUCCCAGUCCAUCGAAGUCUUAAACCUGAGGACUCAGAGGGAUUUCCAGUAUGUUCUAAAAAUGGAAACCCAGAUGAAGGGGCUGAAGGCCAAGUUCCGGCAGAUUGAAGACGACCGGAAGACACUCAUGACCAAGCACUUCCAGGAGCUGAAGGAGAAGAUGGACGAGCUCCUGCCGCUGAUCCCCGUGCUGGAGCAGUACAAGACGGACGCGCGCCUCAUCACCCAGUUCAAGGAGGAGAUCCGGAACCUGUCGGCCGUGCUCACCGGGAUCCAGGAGGAGCUGGGCGCCUACGACUACGAGGAGCUGCACCUCAGGGUGCUCAGCCUGGAGACCCGGCUGCGCGACUGCAUGAAGAAGCUCACAUGUGGCAAGUUGAUGAAAAUCACAGGCCCAAUUACAGUCAAGACGUCUGGAACCCGAUUCGGUGCCUGGAUGACUGAUCCUCUAGCAUCCGAGAAAAACAACAGAGUCUGGUACAUGGACAGUUACACUAACAACAAAAUAGUCCGGGAGUACAAAUCCAUGGCCGACUUUGUCAGCGGGGCUGAAUCAAGGACCUACAACCUCCCUUUCAAGUGGGCGGGCACCAACCACGUGGUCUACAACGGCUCGCUCUACUUCAACAAGUACCAGAGCAACAUCGUCAUUAAGUACAGCUUCGACCUGGGCAGGGUGCUGGCCCAGCGCAGCCUGGAGUACGCCGGCUUCCAGAACGUCUACCCCUACACCUGGGGCGGCUUCUCCGACAUCGACCUGAUGGCCGACGAAAUCGGGCUGUGGGCCGUGUACGCCACCAACCAGAACGCGGGCAACAUCGUCAUCAGCCAGCUGAACCCCGACACCCUGGAGGUGGCCAAGAGCUGGAACACGGGCUACCCCAAGCGGAGCGCCGGGGAGUCCUUCAUGAUCUGCGGGACCCUGUAUGUCACCAACUCCCACCUGACCGGGGCCAAGGUGUACUAUUCCUACUCCACCAAGACCUCUAGCUACGAGUACACGGACAUCCCCUUCCACAACCAGUACUUCCACAUCUCCAUGCUGGACUACAACGCCAGGGACCGGGCGCUCUACGCCUGGAACAACGGCCACCAGGUCCUGUUCAAUGUCACCCUCUUCCACAUCAUCAAGACCGAGGACGACACAUAAGCAAGUGUAACCUGUUUCCGCCGAGCUACCCCGUGUCAUUUGCGAUCCAUUCCCUAGGACUCCUGUGGUGUUGCUUUUCUUCCUUAGAGCGUCCCCACCCUUUCCCCAAAGCAUUUCUGUCAUCACGUGGGUGUUCCGGAAAAAUUCAGCGGGGCCUGCCUCAGUGAACCCGCUGGACACACAUCGGAACUCCUGCGUUCAUAAGGCCCAUCAUGUCCUUGUCAUGAGAAGCACUACGGAGAGCUUACGUGGCUAAAGUCAUACUUUUGCAAAAGAUUAAUGGUCUGCCUUAUACUAGUGUCAGAGACUAAUGGUAGCUUCAAUGCAUGAAUGUCUCUCUCUCUCUCUCUUUUUCCCAACUCUGCCACUUCUUACUAUAUGUCUCUAGCUCCACAUCAGAAAACAUUCUGGUAGGAAUCAGAAGAAAAAAGGAAGAAAAAGGAAAAAAAGCACUUCUCCCCCAUUCAUUUCUAAAACAGACGUCAGGAUUUCAUUUACACGGGGAAGAACACGCCGUCUCGCUGUUCCCCGGUCCUCUGGCGCGGUGCUGUACAGCCAUUUUUAAAUCUCUUGCUAACAUUUGAUUGGCAACCUGUAUUUCUACCAUUGUGACCACCAUUGUGCAAUUGUAUCUCUUCACUUCUGUGACAGUAAGUGAUGUUUUUUUAUAAACGACACUGAAGUUCAAUCUCAGUGAUCCUGGGUCCAUGUCCAAGUGUGGUCCCAAGGAAGUAUCUUCCCGGCUUCCCCUUCCCAUGGCAGUGUAAGCUAAACAGGAAGCAGACCAGGCCCCUUCCAUCCAGUCUUUAUUUGACCCCUGACACACAAUGGACCACGGACGCGCAAGGCCA